AUGCUUAUCGAUGCUUGCCCACAGACGCGGCGCAACCCUCACAUCUCCUUUCCGGCUAUAUCGCUUACUGGCGGUGCACCAACAAACCAAAGUCUCCAUCCCGCGGUCGGAGGCCUGGACUCUCUUGAGUUAUUCCUCCACCUGUGCAGGUCAUGCGAGGAGACAUUGCUUGAGAACCCUUCUCCCAACGCGGCUCGACACAUUCAUCCAGUGUCGCUGAGCAUUGGUAUCGACAUCAUGGACUACGAGCUGAAGAACAGAGGCCAUGUCGCGGUCGAGCGCCAGCAGUCGAACGAUGGUGUGGCGGCGGACUGCACGCAGGCAGACUAUGUCGAUAUGCGAAGACUUGGGACGAAGCAAGAAUUGAGACGCAACUUCAGAUUCACCUCGAUUCUAGGCUUCGUCGCGGUGGCGAUGGGCACGUGGGAAGUCACGCUGAGUGCUACUGCGGCAGGCCUAACGAAUGGCGGUACUGGUGGCAUGAUCUGGAUGUUUUUGGGCUCAUUCAUCUGCUUCGGCUCAAUCGUGCUGUCACUCGCUGAGAUGUCAUCGAUGGCGCCUACAGCUGGCGGACAGUAUCAUUGGGCCAGCGAGUUUGCACCAAGGAGCCAUCAGAAGUUCAUCUCGUACAUUGCUGGCUGGAUGAGUACGUUGUCUUGGCAAUGCGGUACUUUUUCUGGCAUGUUCUUGCUCGGAACGCAGAUACAAGGCCUUAUCGCAAUAACCCACGAUGACUACUCGCCACAACCCUACCAAGGCUAUCUCUUCGUCAUCGCUAUGGUCAGCCUCGGGCUUCUGAUCAACACCUGGGGCGCGAAGCACCUCCCACUAGUCGAAGGCGUCAUCCUCAUCUUCCACGUCUUCGGCUUCGCCACGGUCCUCAUCGUCCUCUGGGUCUUAUCUCCACGCAACACAGCACGAGAAGUCUUCAGCUCCUUCGAGAAUUCCGGCGGAUGGUCCACCACGGCUUUGAGCAUGCUGGUCGGUCAAGUGACGUCGAUUUACGGUCUCAUCGGUUCUGAUGGUGCGGCACAUAUGGCUGAAGAGACUCGAGAUGCCUCUAUCAUCGUGCCGAGAUGUAUGACCUGGAGUUAUGUGCUGAAUGGCGCCAUGGGGUUUGCUAUGUUGAUCACAUACUGCUUCUGCUUGACGGACGUGGAUGCCGCGAUAAAUUCCAGGAGUGGAUUCCCCUACAUUCACGUCUUUCAGACUGGGACAGGUUCGACUGGAGGUGCUAUUGGACUGACGUCGAUCAUCUUGAUUCUGGGGAUAGCCGGAGCCACCUCCUUCUUUGCCUCAACCUCCCGCCAGACCUUCGCUUUCGCACGCGACAAGGGGCUGCCCGGUUGGCAAUGGAUCGGUAGUGUACAUCCUAUACUUCACAUUCCACUCAAUGCCAUUCUGGUGACCUAUGGAUUUACCCUACUUCUUUCCUUGAUCAAUCUCGGGAGCACAAUCGCCUUAUAA